AUGGCAUUAUUCGACCGCGAAGCCUUACUCGCCUUAGUGAACUUACCCGAAGAUGCUGAGGCGCUGGCUGAGUUGCUGAACAGCACAAUCGACUUCUAUGAAGACGAUCCUCGACGGUUCAUGUCAAUUAUCUCGGCGCCGCGCCUCAAUUUCCAAGACCAGAAGGCAGAAUGGGGGUUGUAUUGUUCAGGCUGUUGGUACACUGUCACUUCGGACCCUUCGAGGCACUUCGGGAUCCAGUACAGCCCGGAGGACAUUGAUCAGCACCUUAAAUACUGCAACAGCAGCACUACCAGCAGCGACAGCAGUGACAUCAGCGACAGCAGUGACAUCAGCGACAGCAGCAGCAGCAGCAGCACCAGCGACACUGGCAGCGACGGUGACAGCAACGGUGACAGCGACGGGGACAGCGACAGCGACGACCCUGGAUGGUUGCCGCCCGAGUGGUAUUGGCAACACUUAGUGCCUAGGUGCAAUGCACAACUAGCAUAA